GUACCCUAUAUUAGCUGUUAAAUAAAUUUCGGUAAAUAUUUGGUAAUAAAUUAAUUGUGAUAAAUAAGUAAGUUGUGAUAGAGAACCUUAGAAGUUGAAAUAUGGGAUUGUUGGGUAUAUUCACAAAUUAACGUGAAAAUGUUUAACGACUACACCUUUUCCCAUUCUUAGAAUAAACAGGAAGACUGUAAACAGGAAGUAAUAUUUGGUUAGCCCAGUCUGUAAUGUUUAUUUGUUAGUACCUUUUUUUUAUAAACAAAAUCCUAAUUUAACUUUGAUAUUUCUGUUUUUGUAAGAAGCAUAAUUUAUAGAUCUCUUAACGUAAUUAAGAAAUUUUAAUAUUAAAAAUAUUCAAAUAUGCCAUAUCAUUUUGUCAUUAUUUGUUUUUUAAAUAAUAUGGUUUGAUGCAUAAGGAUACAUAUAUUGAAUUAACAGUCUAGGUAUAUGUUUAUCUCGGUUUCAUAGACAAUAAGAGAGCUCAUUAUAUGAAUAUAAAAAAACUGGUCAAGUGCGAAUCGAACUCACGCACGAACGGUUCCAUAGCACAAUUUAUAAAAACGCAAGAAAUAUUACCCUUAAAUAUUUAUGUUAUUCCAUUUCUUUGUAUUUACAUACAUCAUCUAUGAUAAUUCCAUCUGUCUGUCAUGGUUCAUGAGAUACAACCUAGAUGGACAGCGGACUCUUUAGUAUCAGGGUUUUCUUUUUUACCCUUUGGAACUCUAAAAAAGGAACGAUAAGCUGCACCGUGAUAAAAAUACAUGUUUCCAAUUGUGUAGGAUUUAGGUUGGUGUGCGUGCGACGUGAUAGGUCAGCUGUCCAACCUGGAGUCGUUGGAGCUUGGCGAGUGCACGUUCCGCGCUGAGUUCGCUGAUGUCCUCGGGACUCUCGUGAAGCUGCGGCGGCUGCGUCUCGAGCGCGGCACCGCUCAGUGCGCAGCGCCCGCCCUGCUGCGGGCCCUCGCCCACCUGCCCCUCCUCACCAGGCUCGAGCUCGUCAACGUGGACGUCAAGGUUGGAUUUGAUGAUGCUCUUGCUGAGUGUAAGAAUAUUCAACGGUUACUGAUCAUACCGACGUACGUGUCGCAGUCGGCCACUACUAACAAACAGGUAAGUGUCCAAUGCUAUAUAAGUAAAACAUAACAUAAAGUUUAAUUGCUAUAUGAUUUGUAGCUCUUUUAUUGUUUUGACGUUAUUAAUUACGAAAUUCCUUACCUUGACAUUUAUUAUUGUGACAUUUAAUCUUGGAAACGAUAAUGAUCAUGGUAAUUUUAGUAAAUUUGUUAAUUUUGUAUAAUAAUUGUGUUUAAUUAAUUUUGAUAAUAAUUUGACUGUUGUACCGGUUAAAAAAUAAUUAAUUAAAAAUAUACAUUAUUCAGUUGAAACGUCGAAUGACGUCAAACGUUUGUACUUUUUUUACACAAUUGUGACGCAGCGAGCCUUACUUUAUAAUGUUUUACUUUUAUCUGACUGACGUACUAUAUAUAAUUUUGUGUUUGUGGAACCUAACCCUUGGGCUUUACAUGUAUAUUACAUACGUACAUCAUAUAUCCGCAUAUGAAAAAAUAUGUCUCGUAUUAGUCGUUUCGAUUUACGUCACUUAUUUCGAGAAGCUAAUAUGCCAUAAGAAGGAAGACUGCCUGUAUUUAUAUAUAUAUAUAAAAAUUGUUUAGGUAUUGAGUGGCGUGCUGAGGCUGAAGGACACAUUGACUCAUCUGAUGUGGGGCGUGACUAUAGAAUUGCUCCGCGUGACGGAGCUAUUCAUAGAUCAGUGCGAGCAGUCGGCGGACAAGCGACGCGACAUCGGCGAGUGCAUCCCCGUGCUCAAACCUGUGCCUGGCUGUAGGCUGCCGGACCACAGGCACGUGCACGGCCCGCCACAGCUCAGCUGCCUCACACCAAGCUCAAGUUGCUGCGUAUACCUUUCCACGCCACCUGGCGGCAGUCACUCGCAGACUUCCAGUAACCAUCACCCAAAUCAUCACCACUUCUUCACUGCCGUGAAGCGAUACAAUGCUUUGAGGUUUGGGAACUGUUACAAAUAA